AUGUUUGGAUUGGGAAAGCUUUUAUACUUUUUACUCUUGUCGGUGAAUGGUAUCGCUGUUCUCAGCGAGGACAGAUUUUUGAAUCGAAUAGGUUGGGGGGCGACUUCAAAUAAUAAUGCACAAUAUCAACAAUUCACGCCUGCAGUGGACUCAGGAGAGGGUCAGUCCAUCAAGGGUAACUUGAUCAAUUUAAUAAGCGCCGUAAGAACAUUGCUAAGAUGGCCUUUGAUUUUGGUUAAUAUAUUAAUAAUAAUCUAUGAAUUGAUUUUAGGUUAA